GACUAAAGCGCCAUCUCCCAGGGUGUAGCUACACUCCAGGCUGCGUUUUUUACUCGCUGGGUCUGCAGGCACCGAGAGCCACCUCUGGAUUCAGAGCGCAUGUUUUCCUUUUUCCUUUUUUUUUCCUUCUUCUCUCCUAUACUCGUCUCUCCUCGCAGCGCUGGACGGUCGCUCUGCAAGAAUCAGCAGCUCCAAAAAAUAAAAAAUCAUCCAGCAACCGGGCAUCAAAUCAGCGGCAGCAGCAGCAGCCUCACAUUCUGCUGGACUAAGCAGCUGCAGACACUUUGGAGCCCUGCGCGCUACCGGCUGGCCAGCUUUAUUCGACAAAAGCACAAGCGGUAGAGGAGAGCGCACUGGAGAGGGAGGAAGAGGUAGAUGCGUAUAGAUAGAGAGAAUAAAAACAGAAAGAAAGAGAGCUGGGGAACCUGGAGCUUAACAAAUCUCUGACCUCGACCUCCUCCUCGGACGGUGGGAUCCUGAAACGGAGAUGGGCAGAUUUUCUCUCACCAGGUCUCCUCCUCCAACACACAUGCUGCCGAAGCUGCUGAUGGUGGUGGUGAUGAUGAUGUUUGCGUAGGAGUAUUUUAUUUUUUGCGUCGGUUAGACAGUCUGUACUGUUCAAACAACUCCAGACAAGCGGUGGAUGGACCUGUGCGCAUUUCUGCUCCAAGCGUACCUUUUUUUUCCCGAGAGAUUGUUGGCUUCUUUUCUUGUCGCAUUUGGAGUGUUUCUGGUCUUUCUGGAAUUGCACAGACAAAAAAAAAAUGUUCUGCAUGAGAAUUAGAAGAGUUUGCGUGUGAAAAAGUAGUCCUCAGAGAGAAGAAAUAACUUGGACAUUCAGCAAAAGAGCGCAUCUGCUGUUUUUGUGUUAUUUAAUUAACAACAGAAGAGGAUCAGGCCCAGUGGGUUGUUUUUUUUUUUUUUCUUUUACUCUGACUUCUCCACUUUUCUGGUCACAGGUCGCAGGCACUUGAGCUUUUUUAGUUCAUUACUUCAUCGACAUUGGAGCUUUUUUGUGUGUUUUCCCUGGGGGUCCUGAGUUGGUCUCACUGCUUAGUGACUGAGGUCGAGAUAAAGUAGAAGCAGCUGAGGUCGGGACCUGAGCUCCGAGGAGCCACCACUGCCCUAGAUGUGACCCGAAGAAUUCCACUUAUCUCUGAAGGGUGUUGAUGGAGAGCCAUUCGAAUGACAGCCGGGACAGUGGUCAUCACUGGUGGAAUUCUAGCUACAGUUAUAUUACUCCUUAUCAUCGCAGUACUGUGCUACUGUAGGCUGCAGUAUUAUUGCUGUAAGAAGGAAGAGUCUGAGUCGGAGGAGGAGGAGCCAGACUUUGCGGUGACAUCCCGCCUCCCGCCGGUGCACUCCAAUCACAACAUUGUGGCGGCAACGGCCGCCGCCUCCUCCAUCCCAAAUGGCCCUGCACUCUUCUCCACCCCUCCACUGGCCAGGAAACUGACUCGAUCACAGACCUUCUGUCCAUCUUGUACACACUAUGAGCUGCCUUUCUACCUCCAGCCUCCUCAGCCGCAGAUCCACCACCAACCAGAUGGGCUGAGGAAUGGAGGCGACCGGAUCAGCUAUCGCAGCGUCCAGCAGCAAGACCUGGACCUGCCAGUGCCUGUAAACAUUUCAAAUUACCGUAAACCAAACCUCGCCCGGUCGGUUACCAUGAGAGACAUGUUCACACGCAGCUGCAGCAUCAGCACCGAUGUGUAGCUGAGUGACUCUGAAACUCAUUGCAAGUUGAUGCCUAAAUGAGUUGGAAUGAGCUAAGCAGGACUGGACUGGAGUCAGACUGUGUUUUUGGCAUCUUGACCAGUUUAGUCUGAUGUAGUCUGCUCUCAUUCUCCUCACCUCUUGCAGAAUGGAGGACUCAGAUGGCUCUCAGGACAGUUUUUUCAAAGGUACUAUGCUCAGGUCCAUGACCUUAAACUUGGGCCAAUGUAGAGUAUUUAAAAGUAUUUAAAAAUGUUAAAUUAUCAACAACAUAAACUUGGUUUGUCUUGUUUUGAAUAAUCCUUUUUUGUUGUUUAAAGAAUGGAAUUUGUUUUACAGUUUGAUAAAGUCUGUGUAGCCCUACUUUCUCACCCAUGGCCUCAAAGAUAGGUAGAUUUCUGCCAUUUCAAAACGACAUAAUCAGGAGGGAUUUUCUCUUUUUCAGAGCUGCUACAUGCAAAAUAUGAUGAGGAGAAGACCAGUGUUUCCCUCCUCUACGAUGGCAUGAUCUGUCCAUUUCCCCAUACACAGAUUACAGAGAUGAUGAAAUAUUGCUCAUGACCAGCUGAGAGGAGGAAGAGGGGGGUGUCCUGUUUUAGCUGCAUACAUUUUAACUUAACUUAGGCCAUAAUAGUUUAAGACCUGCAAAAUAAGGGCUCACAGAAGAUGGAAGUUCCUGCUUAUUAUCCACAUUCUUUCAUAGAUGCCUCCAGUUUGAUGGGAGGCUGGUUUCUCUGAGUGUCUGCUGACAACACACAGUGUAAAUAAAGUAUUCUACACUUGAGAAGAGAAUCACCUCUGUGUUCUUGCAGGCAGGUUGGACUAGGUGCCAAAGGGGGUUUACUGCAUUUGUGUGCAUAUACUGUAUGUGAGUUUACUGGCAUGCAUGUGUGCGUGUGUGUAUAUCUCGAUCAGUUGUUAUACCAGAGUUUUUAUUCCGUACACUUAAACACAAUCUGUCAUCCAUAUGUAUAUUAAACCCCGAGGUGGGGUGCAAUAACAUUUCUUGUAAAAGGGUGAAGGGAUUGUAUUCUUUUCCAUGUGCAACUUUACCCUUAAUCCAAUACAAAGAAUGACCAAAACAGAUUACAUGACAAAAUGGAUUUGCAACUAUUUUGUAAAUGUUUAUUUUACCGAUUAAAGCUAUAAAACAGGCUCAAAGUUAAGGUGGCAGUCAGGGAGGUGAAAUGUUUUUACAGCAAAAUUUCAAUGUGAUCUCCAUUCUAGUACUUCGCCAAAGUUUGUGGACUUUUCACUACAUUCCUUGUGUUGUCUCUGAUUUGUUGAUAUGCGGAUUCUCGGGCUAAAGAUCCACCUUUAAAGGCACAUCUAUAAAUAUUUAACAGGCCAUAACAUACGCUUCGGCCUCUCUCCUCUCUCAACCCGUUGGACUGAGGAAUAUGUGCUCUUGCUCCGAGGUACUCUGAGAGUUCCUACUUGGGAUUGUUUUUAUUUUCUGCGCUUGGCUGACUGGCUUGGCUGAAAGGCUGAUAUUCUGACUGGAGGAGCAGCGGUGGAAUUUUAUGGACACAUAGUUUAAUGAGUGAAAUUAUUUACUGCUUGAUUUCAAUAGAGGGAUUGCUGGUGGUUGGGUUUGAAGGGGUUUGAAGCUGAUUGAAUUGUCCUUCUUGGACCCACCUGCCACCCUUUCAAAUGGAUGGUAAACGCCGUUGUAUCCUUCUCUCUGUUGAUUUUGAUCACGCUCAUUUAUUUUCCCAAAGGUGAAGCAGUGAGUUAUUUGAGUCUUUAAGUUUUUCCUCUUGUGACAUGUGCUUUCUUGCAAAUACAGUAGGCCACAGUACACACACGUUUGUAAAUCUAACUUUGCGAGGACAUUCAUUGACAUAAUGCAUUCUGUCGCCCCUUACUCCCAACCCUAAGCAUUGUAACUAAAUGGUUAGCCCUAAACUUUUACCCUAAUUCUAGCAUUAAGUCUAAAACCAAGUCUCAAUCCACAGCUCUUUGAAGGUGUGUCAGAAAGCGAGGACCGGCCAAAAUGUCCUCACUCCCAUGCUUUAAAACUCAAACUGGUCCUCACAAAGAUAGCCAUAUAAAUACACACACAAACACACAUACACAGACACACACAAUAGUUCUCAAUGUUGUUAUUUUUGAAACUGAAACUAUGUGACAGUUGCACAGGAAAUUUAGUGCCAUAAAGACUUAUAAGAGAAUUGUAUUAUUAUUAUUAUCAUUAUUAUUAAAAGUGUAUAUUCAAAUGCAGUGUUGCUUUUACCUUAAAGUAUUUGAAUUACUUGCUUUAUUUUAUGAUCCAGCUGGUUUUUCAGACUCAGUACAGUGCAGCAGAAAUGUUACUGUCCUUGUUUCUAAUAUAUAACUAACUGACACAUUGUUGCUAAUAAAAUUGUAUGAAAAUC